AUGACUAUUUCCAACGAGGAAUUACUUAUAUCUCGACCUCCACAAUAUCAACAAAGAAAAUAUCCUACAAAUUCUACACAACCACAAUCUAUUCAAAUUGAAUGUCAAGCUGAAGAACGACAUUUUAUAAAUGAUUCUCCAACAAAAAUAAGUGGAUCUUUAAAACCAAUUCAUUUUACAAUGAAUAAACAAAUAAAACCUGGAAAAUAUCGAUCGGAAAUUGUUGUUCAUAAUAAUCCUAAUGUUGAUUUAUAUAUUAAAAGACUUCAUGUUGCUUUUGAUGCUUAUGAUGAUUUAUCAAUGUAUAAUUCAAAACAUGAACGUCCAUCAUCACGUAGUCAUACAAUAUAUGAUUCAUCAAAACAAAAACAUCAUCAACAACAAGGAAAAUAUCGUUCAUAUUCAUUACCACCAAGAUCUAAUACUAAAGCUUUACUACAUCAAUGGAUUGAUGAUAUUUGUUCAAAUGAAAAAUUAAUGGCUGAUGAUGAUAUUUGUUUUUUUCUUAAAAAUGGUGAAUUUCUUGCGAGAAUUUAA